UGGGCGCUGGUGGGGACGGCCGCGGCCGCGGGCGGUGGGAGGAGCCGCGCCGUUCUGGCUCCUGGGCCGGGCGACCCUUGGGUGGGCGAGGCGGCCGGGCAGGCAGGCGAUCGGGCGGCCGUAGCUCUCGGGCUGCCGCGGGCGGCCGAGUCCUCCACGGCGCGCCCCCUUCUCCCGCGGCCUCCCGCGUCCAGGCGGGGGAGUGAGGAGAUGCCGACCCAGAGGGACAGCUGCACCAUGUCCCACACGGUGGCGGGCGGCGGCGGCGGGGACCAUUCUCACCAGGUCCGCGUGAAAGCCUAUUACCGCGGAGAUAUUAUGAUCACACAUUUUGAGCCUUCCAUCUCCUUUGAAGGCCUUUGCAAUGAAGUUCGAGACAUGUGCUCUUUUGACAAUGAACAGCUUUUUACCAUGAAGUGGAUAGAUGAGGAAGGAGACCCAUGUACUGUGUCAUCUCAGUUGGAGUUAGAAGAAGCCUUUAGACUUUAUGAGCUAAAUAAGGAUUCUGAACUCUUAAUUCAUGUAUUCCCUUGUGUACCAGAGCGUCCUGGAAUGCCUUGUCCAGGGGAGGAUAAAUCUAUCUACCGCAGAGGUGCACGCCGCUGGAGAAAGCUUUAUUGUGCAAAUGGCCAUACUUUUCAAGCCAAACGCUUCAACAGGCGUGCUCAUUGUGCCAUCUGCACAGACCGAAUAUGGGGACUUGGACGCCAGGGAUAUAAGUGUAUCAACUGCAAACUCUUGGUUCAUAAGAAAUGCCACAAACUUGUCACAAUUGAAUGUGGGCGACAUUCUUUGCCACCGGAACCCUUGAUGCAAGUGGAUCAGUCAUCCAUGCAUUCAGACCAUGCACAGACAGUAAUUCCUUAUAAUCCUUCAAGUCAUGAAAGUUUGGACCAAGUUGGUGAAGAAAAGGAGGCAAUGAACACCAGGGAAAGUGGCAAAGCUUCAUCUAGUUUAGGUCUUCAGGACUUCGAUUUGCUCCGAGUAAUAGGGAGAGGAAGUUAUGCGAAAGUACUGUUGGUUCGAUUAAAAAAAACAGAUCGUAUUUAUGCUAUGAAAGUUGUGAAAAAAGAGCUUGUUAAUGAUGAUGAGGACAUUGACUGGGUGCAGACAGAGAAGCAUGUUUUUGAGCAGGCAUCUAAUCAUCCUUUUCUUGUUGGACUGCAUUCUUGCUUUCAGACAGAAAGCAGAUUGUUUUUUGUUAUUGAGUAUGUAAAUGGAGGAGAUCUAAUGUUUCAUAUGCAACGACAAAGAAAACUUCCUGAAGAACAUGCCAGGUUUUACUCUGCAGAAAUCAGUUUAGCAUUAAAUUAUCUUCAUGAACGAGGGAUAAUUUAUAGAGAUUUGAAAUUGGACAAUGUAUUACUGGACUCAGAAGGACAUAUUAAACUCACUGACUAUGGCAUGUGUAAGGAAGGAUUACGGCCAGGAGAUACGACCAGCACUUUCUGUGGUACUCCUAAUUACAUUGCUCCUGAAAUUUUAAGAGGAGAAGAUUAUGGUUUCAGUGUUGACUGGUGGGCCCUUGGCGUCCUAAUGUUUGAGAUGAUGGCAGGAAGGUCUCCAUUUGAUAUUGUUGGGAGCUCUGAUAACCCUGAUCAAAACACAGAGGAUUAUCUCUUCCAAGUUAUUUUGGAAAAACAGAUUCGCAUACCACGUUCUCUUUCUGUAAAAGCUGCAAGUGUCCUGAAGAAUUUUCUUAACAAGGACCCAAAGGAACGAUUGGGUUGUCAUCCUCAAACAGGAUUUGCUGAUAUUCAGGGGCAUCCAUUCUUUCGAAAUGUUGAUUGGGAUAUGAUGGAGCAAAAGCAGGUGGUGCCACCCUUUAAACCAAAUAUUUCUGGAGAAUUUGGUUUGGACAACUUUGAUUCUCAGUUUACUAAUGAACCUGUCCAGCUCACUCCAGAUGAUGAUGACAUUGUGAGGAAGAUUGACCAAUCUGAAUUUGAAGGUUUUGAGUAUAUCAACCCUCUUUUGAUGUCUGCAGAAGAAUGUGUCUGAGCCUCAUUUCUCAACUAUGCAUUCUGCUUAUGUUACCAUUUAAUGCGUGAAUAAACUUGUUACCACCCUGGAUGCAAUUACCCAUUUCAUAUUUGCAAUCUA